GCUCCAUCUUGCGGACGAGCAGGUUGCGCCAUGACGCCGCCGCUCCCUCAGAAUGUCAUACCCAGGCUAUCCGCCCAGUGGCUACCCACCUUUCCCUGGAUAUCCUCCUGCAGGUCAGGAGUCAUCCUUCCCCCCUCCAGGUCAGUAUCCUUAUCCUAGUGGUUUUCCUCCAAUGGGAGGAGGUGCCUACCCACCAGCACCAAGUGGUGGCUAUCCUGGAUCCGGAGGCUACCCCGCGCCUGGAGGCUAUCCUGGUGCCCCACAGCCAGGUGGAGCCCCAUCCUACCCUGGAGUUCCUCCAGGCCAGGGAUUUGGAGCCCCACCAGGUGGAGCAGGCUAUCCUGGCUAUCCACAGCCACCUUCGCAGUCUUACGGUGGUGGCCCAGCACAGGUCCCACUACCUGGUGGUUUUCCUGGAGGACAGCCUUCUCAGUAUCCUGGAGGACAAGCUCCUUACCCUAGUCAGCCUGCUGCAAUGACUCAAGGCACUCAGGGAACAAUUCAUCCAGCUGCCAACUUUGAUGCUAUGAAAGAUGCAGAAAUUCUCCGUAAAGCAAUGAAGGGAUUUGGGACAGACGAACAGGCAAUUGUGGAUGUUGUAGCCAACCGUUCCAAUGAUCAGAGGCAAAAAAUUAAAGCAGCUUUUAAAACCAUGUAUGGAAAGGAUUUAAUCAAAGAUCUCAAAUCAGAGUUAAGUGGAAAUAUGGAAGAACUGAUCCUUGCCUUGUUCAUGCCGCCUACGUAUUAUGAUGCCUGGAGUUUACGGAAUGCAAUGCAGGGAGCAGGCACUCAGGAACGUGUAUUGAUUGAGAUUUUGUGUACAAGGACAAAUCAGGAAAUCCAAGAAAUUGUCAGAUGUUAUCAAUCAGAAUUUGGACGAGACCUUGAAAAAGACAUUAGGUCUGAUACAUCAGGGCAUUUUGAGCGUUUGCUUGUAUCCAUGUGCCAGGGAAAUCGGGAUGAGAACCAGACUGUAAACCACCAGAUGGCUCAGGAAGAUGCACAGCGUCUCUAUCAAGCUGGUGAAGGGAAACUAGGGACAGACGAAUCCUGCUUCAACAUGAUCCUUGCCACGAGAAUCUUUCCUCAGCUGAGAGCCACCAUGGAGGCUUAUUCCAGGAUGGCUAAUCGAGAUUUGCUAGCAAGUGUGAGCCGUGAAUUUUCCGGAUAUAUUGAAAGUGGUUUGAAGACCAUCUUGCAGUGUGCCCUCAGCCGCUCUGCCUUCUUUGCUGAGAGGCUCUACUACUCCAUGAAGGGGGCCGGCACGGAUGACUCCACCCUGGUCAGGAUCGUGGUCACUCGAAGUGAGGUUGAUCUUGUACAAAUAAAACAGAUGUUCACUCAGAUGUAUCAGAAGACCCUGGGCACAAUGAUUGCAAGUGACACGAGUGGAGAUUACCGAAAGCUGCUGUUGGCCAUUGUAGGCCAGUAGAAGAGCUAUUUGAAAACAAAGAAAACUUUUCAUAGCUUUAUCCUUCAAGUCAACAGCAGACCUGCAUGCAGCAAUAUCAACUGUCACCUAACCAAAAGAGAUUUUUACCAAGGACUGUGUCAGGGUGAUGUGCUUGAUUUGCACAUGUAUUGCCUUAAUUCUAAUGUUAUUUUUUUUUCUAUGUACAAUCAGUGUAAAGCCAUAACACAAUGAUGUAGAAAUUUUGUAAUGUUUCUAAGUCCUCACUCACUGCUUUACUCUAAUUAAGAAUAAAAGCAAUCUAAUUCUGUGUAAAAAAAAA